AUGAGCCUAGCUUUGUUGCAGCGGAAGCAACAGCAAGAUCUUUUUGCCAGGAGCCUCAAGCAUUGCGCGGCGGCCAAGGAUUUGGCAGAGGGAAAGCGCAUCCACGCUCAGAUCCAAGCCAGCGAUCACGCCCACAACACUUUCCUCCGCAAUCUCCUCGUCCAGAUGUAUGGAAAAUGCGGCCGCCCUCAAGAUGCCGAGGCCGUGUUUGCAGCGACCCAGGAGCCCAAUGUCUUCUCCUGGAAUAUCAUGAUCCAAGCCUACGCCGACAAUGGCGCCGUCCAGGAGGUGCAGAAGAUUUUCGAUCGGAUGCCCGUGCGAGACGUGGUUUCUUGGAAUGCCAUUAUAGCAGCAGUUGCCCAAGGUGGGCAUUUGGAAUUUUCUGAAAGAGCUUUCUUUCUAACACCUCAGUGGAAUUUUGUGUCGUGCAAUGCUAUGAUAUCUGCGUAUGCAUCGAAUGGAGAAGUUAAUACUUCAAAGAGAAUGUUUGAUUCUUCGUUGGAGAGGAAUAUUGUGUCGUGGAACGGGAUGAUACAAGCAUUUGCCCAGAACGGGCUUGUGCACAACGCUCGCGAAGUGUUUGAGAAGAUCCCAGUUUGGAGCCCGAUUGCAAGCACGACUAUGAUGACUGCUUACGUUCACAGUGAGCAUUACGACAAGGCCAAAGAGAUCUUCGAUGCUAUGCUUGAUCGCAGCGUGGUGUCGUGGAAUGUGUUGUUGGCCGCUCACGCUUUCAAGGGCGAUCCCGAGGGAGCAAAGGCCGGGUUCGACAGCAUGCCCUGCCGGACCGAGGUCUCGUGGGGGACGAUGAUCGCGGCCUUUGCUAACGAUGGUUGCGUCGAGGGCGCCGAGAGUUUCUUCCUCAAGAUCCCCUACCGGGACGUUGUGUCGUGGAACGCCAUGAUCCAGGCCUACGCGCAGAAUGGGAUGAUCGAGGAAGCCGAGAGCCUGUUCCAGAAAGCGCCAGUGAAAGAUCUUUCCUCGUGGAAUGGAAUGAUCGCAGCGUACGCUCACACAGGUGCCAUGGUGAGAGAGGCCGAGAGCCUCUUUUUCGAGAGGAUGGCCAAGCGCGACCUCUUGUCUUGGAACGCGAUGAUGCAAGCUUACGUCGAAGCCGGGCAGACCGACGAGGCCAAGAUGCUAUACGAUCGAAUGCCGGCUAUGAACCUGGUGACGCUGAAUUCUCUCCUCGCAGCAGAUGCCAAGAACAUCAGCAGCGAUGGCCAAGAGCACCACGAAGCCCACUGCAAGAGCUUGUUCGAUUCGAUGCCUCACAGGGACGUGGUGUCGUGGACGUGCAUGAUGCAAGCUCACGCCGAGGCCGGUCACGCGGAUCAAGCGGAGCUCAUGUUCCAGCGGAUGCCACAGCACAGGGUGGCGACUUGGAACGCGCUCUUCAAUGCGUUUGUGAGGAGAUCCGACACUGCCAGAGCCAGGCAAGUUUUUGAUUCCAUGCCCGAGCGCGGGAGGAGCCACUGGACGUGGCUACUCCACUCCUUGUCCCAGGCCGGGGAGCUCGCCGAGACGAAGCUCGUGUUUGAUCGAUUGCCCAGCAACGCGCUCCUGUCUUGGAACACGAUGAUCUCCGCUUACGCUCGGUUUGAAUGCCCGCAGCAAGCCAAGGAGCUCUUUGAUGCAGCCGAGGAGCGAGAUGGCGUCUCCUGGACUGCGGUAAUCGCAGCGCUCUCGCAGAACGAUCGGCUCCAGGAGGCCGAGGCUGGAUUCCAGCGAAUGCCCGAGUGGAGCACGGUGACGGUCACGGUGGUGAUUGGGUAUAUGGACGAGGCGAGGAGUCUUUUCGAGGAGAUGCCCGAGAGGAAUGCCGUGUCGUGGAACGCGAUGAUCAAGGCCUACGACUCGAAUGGAUUCCACACCGAGGCUCUGGAUGCGUUCCAGACAAUGAUCUUGGAGGGCGCUCCACCCGACGAGAUCACGCUGAUGACGGUCUUGUCCGCUUGUAGUCAUGUCGGAUCGAUGAGCCGAGCUCGCCAGGUUUUCGUGUCGAUGGUGGAUGACUUUCGCGUGGUUCCAUCCAAGGAACACUACUCUUGCGUGAUCGAUAUGCUUGGGCGAGCCGGCAAGAUGGAGCUGGCCGAGGAGAUAGUGACGAGCAUGCCCAUCUCCCCGAGCACCAUAGCGUGGGGAGCUCUCUUGGGGGCUUGCCGGAUCCACCAGGACAUGGAGAGGGCGAGAUUUGCCGCUGGGCGUGCCAUGGAGAUAGAUUCCAGUAACCCAUCUCACUAUUUGCUGCUCUCGACGAUCUCCAGCCAAUGUGGCUAG